AUGACGAGUCAUGAACCGUGGAUAUAUACGUAUUUUACACCGUUUAGUUCUAAAAGUUUGAUUCUACAACAUCUACGAGAGGUAGUUCCUAAUGCUAAUUUGCUCGCCUUUGCUUGCCUUGCGUUUGUGUUCAUCGACCAUCUUCUCGUGCAGAGAUGA